AUGAUGAGGUGCAUGGGUGGCCUGGCUCAGAGGGCCUGGCUCAGCAUGGUGUUCCAGAAUCGCAGAGUCCAGCUUUUGCUGAUCAACUCCUUGACUUUUGGCCUGGAGGUCUGCCUUGCUGCAGGUGUCACAUAUGUGCCACCCCUCUUGUUGGAAAUAGGAGUGGAAGAGAAGUUUAUGACAAUGGUUCUAGGAAUUGGACCAGUUCUGGGUCUAGUGUUUGUACCACUGCUUGGCUCUGCCAGUGACCAUUGGCACAGUAGCUAUGGUCGACGAAGGCCUUUCAUCUGGGUCCUAUGCCUAGGUGUUUUCCUGAGCCUUCUCAUCAUUCCACAUGCUCACCAUCUGGCCAGACUUGUUGCCUUGGAUACCCGUGCACUGGAGCUGGCUUUCCUUAUCCUGGGGGUUGGCCUUCUUGACUUCUGUGGUCAGGUCUGCUUCACCCCCUUGGAAGCUCUUCUGUCGGACCUGUUCCAAGAGCCUGACAGCUGCCGACAGGCCUUCUCUGUGUACUCUUUCAUGGUUAGUCUGGGUGGCUGUGUAGGGUACUUGCUCCCAGCUAUUGACUGGGACAGUAGCUUCCUUGCUCCUUAUUUAGGGGGUCAGGAGGAAUGUCUCUUCAGCCUCCUCAUCAUCAUCUUCCUUGGCUGUGUCUUAGCAACUGUCUUUGUGACAGAGGAGGUGUCAGCUCAAGUAGAGCUCAGCUCAGGCCCUACAGGAAAGUCUUCUUCCAAGUCCCCAUCAUUUGCCUGCUGUUCUUUUUGGCGUCCAAAGAACUUUUUGAGGACCAGGCAUCUGGUUCAGGCCUUUAGGAAUCUUUGUGCCUUGGCCCCACGUCUGCAUGGAGUUUGCUGUCGUAUUCCCAAGGUAAUCCAAAAGCUUUUUGUGGCGGAAUUCUGCAGCUGGAUGGCCCUCAUGACAUUCAUGUUGUUCUACACAGACUUUGUUGGGGAAGGAUUAUACCAAGGCAUCCCCAGGGCUAAACCUGGGACAGAGGCCAGGAGAAACUAUGAUGAAGGAAUUCGGAUGGGUAGCCUGGGCCUCUUUCUCCAGUGUAUCAUCUCCAUUUUCUUCUCAACAAUCAUGGAUCGGAUGGUGAAACACUUUGGGACACGAAUGGUCUACUUAGCCAGUGUGGCUUUAUUUCCAUUGACAGCCUUCAUCAUGUGCUUCUCUCAAAGUGUUGUCAUUGUCACUGUUUCUGCUGCCUUGACUGGCUUCCCUUUCUCAGUGCUUCAGAUCCUUCCAUACACACUUGCAUCACUUUAUCAUCAUGAGAAACAGAUAUAUUUGCCUAAGUAUAAAAGUAAAGAGAAUGCAGGUCAAUCAGAAAAGAAGCUGGGUUUCCUCAAAAACCACAUUUCUCCUCAGAAGUUGACCUACCAGAAUGGACAUGGUGGUAGCCUGUACUCUCCCCCUGUUGCCGGUUCUUCUCUCUGUGUCAGCUCACCAUGUGAAGUCUCGCUCAUGAUGAUGGUGGGAGAUUCAGACACUGCAGCAGCAAGCCGAGGGAUCUGUUCAGAUCUGGCCAUCUUGGACAGUGCUUUUCUUCUUUCCCAGGUUAUCCCAUCCCUUCUUAUGGGUUCGCUGGUUCAGUUCACACAAUCAGUCACCACUUAUAUGGCAUCGGCUACCGGCUUUGGAUUGGUAGCCAUUUACUUUGCAACCAAAGUUAUUUUUGACAAAAGUGAUAUGGCCAAGUAUUCAGUGUAGAAGAAGAGGGGAAUUAAUGUGUAUUAAAGACAUACUAGAGAGGAGUCGGGAGUGCAAAAAUAGACUCUUUCUGCUUCUCUGUUUGUUCAAUGAGAUGUACAAAAUAUUUGACUGAAGGAAUAUAACUGGGUUGAUCUCAGGGUAACAAAAAGUGUGGUAUUGGGCUGCCUCUUUUUACCCAAUGCCUUCAGUAAAAAUCUGUGCCUGAUCCUUUGGAUCAGGCUCACAAAAGCCAUUCAAACAGGGGUGCUACUAUGAUCGCUUCCUUAAGUUGUGUGAGUGGAAGAUGACAUAGUGCAGAAGGGACCAAAGAUAGAUGAGAAAUGCAAUGUACCUCACUUCUCAGUUAUGUCUGUAUUGAAAUGUUGUUGGUCAGCUUUUGUAUUGAGUUACAAGUCCUCACAACUUGCUGUGAGCCAGAAAUCAUAUGGAAGAAUGUGAUAUAGUAUCUUAAUAUUUUUGAAAAGAAGUUAGAAUAAUACACUUCCUUCAUUUUUCUGGAUAUGUUUUAGGACAAAGUCUAGGUAGUAUAAAUAAUUUGAGUAGAGUUACAUAGAAGGAGCUUGUUUAAGAGAAGAUGCUGUGGUUAUACUGGCAGCAACUCUACCACUGCACGAAGGAAAUGAAACCUUAGUUGUCAGCUGAUCCUUUCCCCCACAUCUGCCCAAAACAGAGCUUGCAGUUAGUGUAAAUAGAAAGACUUGCAUAAAUGGAAGCUGAAGAACAUGCCUCUCUGGGGAAUUGCCUUUAAAUGACUGACUGGCUCAAACAAACUACAGUGCCUGCUACUGUGUGCAAUCCUAAAAGGAAGGCUUAGAUUAGAGUAAAAACAUUUGGGUGUAGGCUGCUAUUUCGGAUAAAGAGAUGUGUGGUCAUCUAAAUUUCUGGGGAAAGACUGCAUUGAAAAGGAACCAUGUUCCUAUGUACCACGAGGCAUGCGCCAAACUUUUUCCACUGUGUAAUCCAUCCCUUCUGCCACCCAGAUAGAGCCUAGGCUAGAAAAGUAUUGUAAGCUAAACUGCCCUUUUUUUAAGCGCAAAUACACACCCCACACCCCAACUGUUUUGAAUAAGAUAUUUAGCUGGCAUUGAUUCAGUCAACAGCAGGGAAGGCAACUUUUCCUGUCCAGGACUAACACAUAUCGAGUACAAGAGUUCAGGUUGUAUUGAACAAUGUGACCAGAAGGUCAAGAUCUACUCUCUUUCUCCAAGGUAGGAUCCUCUUUCUAUGGGUUGCACCAAUUAACAUUGAAAAGACUGUAUUUGUAAAUUAGAACAACUGGUAGAUUAGAUCUGACAAUAGUAUUAAGUAAAUAGGGAUUUCUGGAAGCCUUAGGAUUCUAGAAUCUGGGAUUGGGAACAGGACUGUCCACUAUAUGCUAAAAAAAAAGUGUCUCUAAAGCUGCAAUUUGUAUUUCAAGAGAAACUUCCAUUUAUGGUCUUUUCUUGGAAAGUAGAUAACCACAGUGAUGAGAUGAUCUUUUGGGGCUGAGAGAGUGUAAGAAAGAUGGAUAUUGUAUCUAUUUGAUAUAAACAUCAGUUGGUAAUUUCUAACCUGACCCAUUUUGCAUUUUGAACUAUGAGAUAAUUGUUGAGACAAGCAUGUGGUCCUUUAAGCCUAUGCCCAUGGGUUAGUUUUAGUGUGCUGCAGUCUUGCAAAUUAUCACAAUGUUAAUCAGACUGCAGUAUGUCACAAAAACCCAUUAAGAAACUGCUAUAUGAAUUUGAGCCGAAGACCCCUGUAGGAGAAAUAUUUUUGCUCAAGUGGAUGAAUCAUGCUAUCAUUAAAUACCUUAGGCAAUUUUAACUAGUUCAAAUUCUUAGCUUAAAGAAACCAGUCCGUUAAAUCCUGUGGAAGAUGACAUUUAUCCACAAAGUCUCCUGCUACAGACUCAUGCAAUUUAAUCUGAGUGGAAGGAGUAAAGUUUUAAAACAAAAAUAAGGACUAAAUGUCAGAACUGGAACAGGUGAAGACGUAAAUUGAAGCGGAAAAAGCAAAAAACAAAAUCGAAUACACAUGCGGUUACUUGGGUUUUCCCCAGUCUGAUGUUCUUCACAUGUGUUGGAUUAUAACUUGGUAUUCCCAUCCAGCAAGAUUACAAGUGAUGGGAGCUACAGUCCUAAUGUGUUUUCUUCUGAUGUCGUAAGUAGAGGCUGUUGAAAAAACACAUUUGAUAUUAGAUCCUAACAUGGUUUUGUGCUUUAAUUGGCACAAAAUUGUAAUAGUCAUCAGUGCCACCUGUGUGAUCAGACAAUAAGCAUCUGUAUAUUAUACGAUGGUCCUUCCAUAAUGUGUACUCACAAAUUAGCAAAUAGAUGUGUGCUUCAGUUUAUGAGUCCAUGAAGCAAAUGGGAUUAUUUUCUGGCAAGAACAUGCAAACUUCAACCUUCUAAAAGGAGAUACUUCAUUCUUUCUUAACCUGACAUCUUUCAGAUGUUUUGCAAUUGCAGAAAUUCUAAGCAAUUUCAUCCUAUCGUGUCUAAAUAAUAAUAAAAAACCUCAUUCAUAGAUAGAAAAUGUCAGUAUCUCGACUCUGAUCUGAGUAGACUCAAAUAGACUUUUUUUCCCAGAGCAGUGACUCUAGUGAUUGGUAUUAAAGAUUAUGCCCAUUUUCACUGAAACUUUUUCCUCCUCAUAAAGUCACUCAAGUGCCCAUAUCUCUUGGUAGGAAUGACCUUGGUUUAUUAGUUUUCUUGCCUGGGGUUCUUUAAUUCUUCGUAGCGUUAUUGGACCAAUUGAGAGAAACUUUAAAAGGGAGUAAUAAAUUCCCAUUAGCAUUUUGCUUGUUCACACUAUUCUGGGUCAUUUGAUAACUACAAUUUUGUUUUAUUGCUGCAAAUCAGAACUUGAAUAAAAAACGAAAAGAGAGUCACCUUAGGAAAACAAUGAAUUUGACAAAUCAUUUGAAUUCAGGAGAAAAAAAAAAUGAAAGAGAAGAGCUUAUGUGGAAAUAACUCAGGUUCUGUUUUUUCCAAGGAAAAUGGUUCCAGAGAAUUGUAGUCACUUGUAGUCCAGAGAAUUAAUCAGUUAAAUGCUAUGAGAGCCCUCACUGUCAUCCUUGAUCCUCUGUGCCAAAAGUGAGGGGCAUUAGUUGUUCCUAGGAUCUUCUUGGAUCCUAGAUCUAGAAAACUCAGAAAUCUGGCCAUUCCCCAAUGGUUUAUUUCUUCUUCUUCUUCCUCAUACUAUGUAGCAAAAGAUCACAACUGUCUUUUAUCAGCAAAACUUCUGCUUCAAAAUAUAUCAUGGAUAUAUCAGUAGAUGCUGCAGUGGUAAGCAAUUUUGUGUGCAAAAUACAUAUAAUCUGUUGCUGUUAUUGCUGUUAUUGAAGAUGACGGUGUUUUUAA